UGAGGACAAAGGUUUUUAUAUGUCUUGUAAAACCAAUUCCUUGUUAAAUGUUGUUGCAGCCUCGAUAUCUUCUUGAGAAAGAAUGGUGUAAAAAGUUUGGAAGUGUAACAGGGUAUUUCAUAGGUCGAAGUCCCUAUUUACUGAUAACCGAUCUACAAAUGAUUAAAACAAUCAUGUCAACAAACUUUGCUAAUUUCCGGAACCGACCGUUUGAUGUUCCGACAGAUGAUUUCACAGAACUUUUCUUGAUGAACACCAAAGACCAAUAUUGGAAAUUCCUGCGUACUCUCAUGAUGACGGCAUUUAGUAACAAGAAGCUUAGAGAGGCACUAUAUUUAAUGAAAGUCUGUGUUGCAAACUUUGCAACGAACAUCUCCCAGAAUGCAGCCAACGGGAAGGAGUUUUGCAUUAACCAAUAUUGUAGCAGUUAUACAAUGGACAUUAUUGCUGCAACUGGUUUUGGUAUUGAAAUCAAUUCCCAGAUGAACAUGAACCAUCCAUUUGUGCUCCAUGCGAAAGCUCUCUUUAAACCUGGCUUCCUCAAAUAUUUGAUUGCUCUUACAUUUGUCUUUCCAUUUCUGUGGCAUUUGGUCAACAUUUACAUUAUUUUGGCUGGAGAGCGGAAACACAGAAACUUUUUUGCUGCAAUUUGCCGUGACACAAUUCUUUUCCGAAGAAAUAAUCCUGAAAUUGUGCCUAACAAAGACAUUCUUCAAACAAUGUUGGAGGCACAGGCUAACUUGCAAGGCGCCAAAACUGAGAACCAAGAUGGCAGUGUAACAGACCAAUAUGACCUUUCAGACAAACAGAUCAUUGCGCAGGCGACCAUGUUCUUGUUGGCUGCCUAUGAAAACACAGCCAACACCAUUGCGUUCUUGGCUUACCAAUUGGCUUUGAAUCCUGACAUACAGAACCGAAUCUAUGAAGAAAUCACUGAAACGGUUGAGGGCGACGUUACAUUUGAGAACCUCCAACAGCUGAAAUACCUGGACAUGUGUCUGGCCGAAGUGUUGCGGUUGUACCCUGUGUCACCAAGGACCAAUAGAAUUGCAGCUAAAGAGUCAGUAAUCCAGGGUUGGACAAUUCCAACAGAAGCAGACGUUGUUUUUCCAAUAUAUACCAUACAUCAUGACCCAGAAAUCUGGCCGGAACCAGAAAAAUUUGACCCUGAGCGGUUCAGAGCAGAAAACUCAGAAGGCAGACAUCCAUAUAGCUAUUUACCAUUUGGUGGCGGCCCCCGAAUGUGUAUGGGGCCUAAAUUUGCUCAGCUGGAAUCAAAACUAGCAAUUGUUGAGAUUCUACGUUCUUAUGAAUUAUUACCAUGUGAAAGGACAGAGAUUCCUGUCGAACUUGAUGAUAACUUUUUGUUGGCCCCAAAAAAUGGAAUUUGGUUAAAAGUUGAGAAACGCAAAGACAUAUAGAAUUUUUUAAAAUUUUAUUAUUCCAAUAAUUACUGCGAUAAAUUAAUUAUAUUCAGUGGUGGUGGUUGUGGGGAGAAAGAAAGAGAGAAAAAACGAAAAUAAAUUAAAAACACAAGUGUUACAAAUAAAAAAA